UGGUCUGUAAGCAAAUGCUCUCAUGCUCUACAGAACAACCUGGACUGAAGCAAUGCUGCUGAUCUGCUUGCUGGAGUUCAGAGAGGUUUGUGUGAAUCCCAACUAGAGCCAGAUGAACUCAGAUCCGAGCUACAAAGAGGAAACCAUUCAUGCAUCCUACUGUGCUGCAGAAAUCCUAGAGAAGAAGCUGUCUGAAACAAUCCUAGAGCUGCAGGUGAUUCCUUCAGGAAACUCGUGGAGGACAGAGGAAUUUUCUUCAGAAGACUGGAAAAGAGCAAACAUGGUUCCUGUCUCUUAAGAAGGUGGAAAAGGAGGAGCUGGGAAAUGGUAAAUCACUAAGCCUGGCUUCAGUAUUUGGAAAAAUACUAGAAUCACCUGCCAAAGAAUCUGUUUGCAAACACGCAUAAAACAACAUAGUGGGGAGAAAUGACCAACAGCAGCAGAGAAUGCAAUUUUACAGACAUCGACAGAUUAGCAAAGACCCUGCGGUUGGGGAUCUCCAUUCCAACAUUCAUUCUCGGGCUGGUUCUCAACGCCCUAGCUCUCUCAGUGUUCUGCUGCUUUUGGAAGAAACAGACCAAAACCUCAGUUUACAUGAUCAAUCUUGCACUUGCAGAUGUCUUGCUGCUUCUUUCGCUCCCGCUCAAGCUCUACUACUCUAUCACAGAAGCGCCCGGACUCCUGUGCUCUUUCAUAGAGUCUCUCUAUUUUGUCAACACAUAUGGCAGUAUCUUCAUCAUUGUCUGCAUUACUGUUGACAGAUAUAUCUGCAUAAGGCACCCAUUUGAAGGUCGAGCUAACCAAUCCCCCAAAUGGGCUGUCUUGAUUUGCUGCUUCAUCUGGGCAGUAGCUUGGCUUUGCAGUAGCCCAAUGUAUGUGUUUCACAAGAAAGAUUGCUUUAAAUGCUUUUACAACAUGUCAGAACAAGCAUGGAGCAUCCCCAUCAUUGUUUCUGUGGAAAUCUUUGGAUUUCUGAUCCCACUUGCAGUGAUGGUUUUCUGCUCUGCCCAAAACAUCUGGAUUCUUCUGAAUCACAAAAGUCAAGCUAAAAAGAAGGUAGAAGGCAGUGGCUCCUUACGAGUUAUUAUCAUCAACCUCGUGGUGUUUUUGGUGUGCUUCACACCCGUCCACCUUGCGAUCUGCCUACAGUGUUUGGUAAGACAGCAUGUGAUAGUGGACUGCAGCCUGAAACAAAACAUCAGCCUCUUCAUUCAGGUGUCAAUGAUACUAGCCAACCUGAACUGCUGCCUGGAUGCCAUCUUUUAUUACUUUGCAGCAAAAGAAUUUCGUGAGAAAACACACCUGAAAAAGGUUAUUGAACUAUGUCCUGUCUUUAAGCCUUGUGCCACAUGAUGGUACUGCCUGAAAUGAAAGAACACCUCUUCCUUGGCUCCCACUUGCCUCACAGGCCACUGACAGCAUUAUCCUUGACACAAUAGUAGGGUCGCCUUAGCCAGGACAGGGAGGGUACAGGAGGAAGAAGGACAAUGUUUUUCUGGUGAAUGUGAACCUGUUCCAUAUUUUCCUCCCCUUUAAAGAAGAAAGGAGAGAAAUGUUGGAAAAAAAGACCAGCAUUAACAAAGUGAUGGUGUGACACCAAAAGAAGCAUUAGCCUUGACUGUAUGUACUAAAUGUGAAAGGCUUGCCAGAGGAAAACUACCCAGAUCACUGGUAUGCCACUUAAAAUCAGCCUUUGUCAUUGCUGCACCAGUUUUCCUUUUGCCAACACAAUCCGAAAGUUGUUGCGAAGGGCAAAACAUAAAAAUAACCAUUCAAACCCUUCUUUCUAACUUAGACAGUAUCUGUGAAUUAAAAGGCAGUAUCUGGCCAAAAGUCUGACUCUGUGAAACAAAGAGGGGCCCAAACAAUAGGCCUCAAACCAAAGUUAACUUCUGAGUGAAUUCCCCGACCAGCAAUCAGCAUCUUAU